AUGGAGGAUGACACCAAGACUGUCUUUGCUCAUUUGGAUUAUCAGUGCGUUUCAUCGUGGAACACAAGCUGCUCCUCUGACUUCCAAUUAUUCCAUUUGAAUCUUAGCAAUUUGAUUGUAUUUUUCUUUUUUUCUGUGGGUUCUCUGCUUACUGUUGGUGGAAACAUGGUAGUAAUAGUGUCUAUAAUUAUUAACAAACAGCUCCGCACUGCAACUAAUUUUGUCAUCCUGUCUUUGGCUAUGUCUGAUUUCUUAGUAGGAGGAUUAAUGAUGCCUUUACAGUGUGUUUUGUUUGUUGAUAUUUGUUUACACCACAUAAAAACAAUCUGUCCUGUUUAUCACUUUAUCAGCAGUGUAGUUGGCACAGUUUCGCUCUACAACGUUUUGCUGAUUGCAAUAGAUCGAUACUUUGCCUUGUGUCACCCUUUUCACUAUGUUGCAAAAAUGUCCUUAAGAGUCGUUCUGAAGUUUGUGGGUUUUGUAUGGAUUUUGUCCGUCAUUUAUAAUCUCUCAGUGAUGUACAUUGGCAGUUCAGAAAAUGGCCAACCAAAAGUGAUCUGCUUCCAAGCCUGUGCCCUUCCGGUCAACAACACUUGGGGUCUUAUUGACUUCAUAUUCAGUUUUAUUAUUCCAUGUAUAUUGAUCAUCAUUUUGUAUGUCAGAGUUCUCACAGUUGCCCUGAGACAUGCAAAAGUUAUUUCUGGUGCUGCAAAACCUGGUAUAAAAAGGAGGACGUCGGAGCUCAAGGCCACAAAAACUUUAGGCACUGUUGUACUGGUGUAUUUGAUGUGCUGGAUCCCAUUGUAUGUAUUUUUAGUGAACAUUGAAAAUGUUCCAGACUCGAAUGUUAUCAUAAAUUACUUAAUGUGUCUGUUUUACAGUAAUGCCUUUAUAAACCCCAUUAUAUAUGCAAUAUCAUAUCCCUGGUUUAAAAAAUCAUUGACCUUUUGUGCAUUCUUUAGAAAAUAA